AGUUUUUUCUUAUCACCUUAUAACCCAUGUCGAGCAAUCCGAAAGAUAGAAAAUCAGAAAAACUGACGGUGGAUAUGUCUGAGUUUCCGUUACUCCUGAAGGGAUACGACAAACUGCACAUCAGAACGGGUCAUUUUACGCCCAUUCACGCCGGCUACGAACCGCUGAAACGCCCCUUAGAGGUCUACAAAAGAUACGGCGUGAUCAAUUUAGACAAGCCGUCAAACCCAUCUUCUCACGAGGUAGUGGCUUGGGUGAAGAAAAUUUUGAGAGUCAAGAAAACAGGACACAGCGGAACACUAGAUCCCAAAGUGACGGGAUGUCUGGUUGUUUGCAUAGAACAGUCAACUCGAUUGGUUAAAUCUCAACAGAAAUCCGGCAAGCAAUAUAUCGCUGUUGCUAGAUUGCAUGAUGUGGCAACGGAAUCAGACGUGUUGAAAGCUUUAGAAACUCUUCGAGGUGCUCUGUACCAGCGCCCCCCUAUCAUUUCUGCAGUGAAACGUCGCCUACGCGUCAGAACUAUCUAUGACUCCAAGUUGUUGGACUUCAACCCAGAGCAAAAAUUGGCGUGUUUCAAAAUUGAUUGUGAGGCAGGAACUUAUAUCAGAACUUUCUGCGUUCACCUUGGGCUUCUUUUAGGAACGGGCGCACAUAUGCAAGAACUCCGACGUUCCAGGUCAGGAAUCGUGAGCGAAGAUUCCGGACUCGUCACAAUGCAUGACAUACUAGACGCUCAAUGGCUUUACGACCAUACGAACGACGAAACUUACCUCAGGCGCGUAAUUCGACCCCUGGAAUACCUUCUGACGGGGUUCAAGAGAAUCGUAGUCAAAGAUAGCGCGGUUUGUUCUAUCUGCUACGGAGCAAAACUCAUGAUUCCAGGAGUGCUGCGCUUCGAAGACGGAAUAAGUUUAGACGAAGUCGUCGUCCUCAUUACCACAAAGGGCGAAGCUAUCGCACUCGCCAUAGCUCAAAUGACGGCCGUCGUCAUGGCAACGUGCGAUCACGGCGUCGUGGCGAAAACGAAAAGAGUCAUCAUGGACAGAGAUGUGUAUCCUAGAUCGUGGGGUCUGGGACCCUACGCACAACUCAAAAAAAAAAUGAUCGCCGAUGGAAAACUCGACAAAUACGGAAAACCAAACGAAAACACGCCAAAGGACUGGAUUCAAAGCUACGUUGACCUCAGUGGAAAUAAAGGCAACGAUCACCUUGUCAUGUCUACCACUACUACUAUACAGCCUGUUUUACAAGACCAACCAGACGUCAACUCAGAAAAAGAUGAUGGUAAAAAGAAAAAACACAAGAGAAAACAUAAACAUCACCUAUCGGAAACGUCAAACGAAAAUGACGAACCCAAACCAAAAAAGCGAAAAUCAAAGACUUAAAACUGUA